AGCACCAGUUCCCGCCCCUUCUGCGCCCACAGGCCGUCUGCUCCCCACCGGCUUCAUCCGCUACGGCUACGGCGGGGCGAGCCGGAACUUUUAUCCAUAGGAACGGGUUUACAGUGUAGAGUGUUGCCGGCCGGCCUCAAGGAGAUUAGAGUGCCAUCCUCUUCCUCUCACCGUAGCCGCCGCGGAGCGGUGCCGAGCCGAUCAGAUCCAGGAGCGCAGUUACCGGGCGGGCUGGGUCUAUGGUCGCUCCGCGGGCCGCUCCGCCGGCUGGUGCUUUUUUUUCAGGGCAAGCUGUGUUCCAUGGCAGGGAACUUUUGGCAGAGCUCCCAUUAUUUGCAAUGGAUUUUGGAUAAACAAGAUCUGUUGAAGGAACGCCAGAAGGACUUAAAGUUUCUCUCAGAAGAAGAGUAUUGGAAAUUACAAAUAUUUUUUACAAAUGUUAUUCAAGCAUUAGGUGAACAUCUUAAAUUAAGACAACAAGUUAUUGCCACUGCUACAGUCUAUUUCAAGAGAUUCUAUGCCAGGUAUUCUCUGAAAAGUAUAGAUCCUGUAUUAAUGGCUCCUACAUGUGUGUUUUUGGCAUCCAAAGUAGAGGAAUUUGGAGUAGUCUCAAAUACAAGAUUGAUUUCUGCUGCUACUUCUGUAUUAAAAACUAGAUUUUCAUAUGCCUUUCCAAAGGAAUUCCCUUAUAGGAUGAACCAUAUAUUAGAAUGUGAAUUCUAUCUUUUAGAACUAAUGGAUUGUUGCUUGAUAGUGUAUCAUCCUUAUAGACCUUUGCUCCAGUAUGUGCAGGACAUGGGCCAAGAAGACAUGUUGCUUCCCCUUGCAUGGAGGAUAGUGAAUGAUACCUACAGAACGGAUCUUUGCCUACUGUAUCCUCCUUUCAUGAUAGCUUUAGCUUGUCUACAUGUAGCCUGUGUUGUACAGCAGAAAGAUGCCAGACAAUGGUUUGCUGAACUUUCUGUGGAUAUGGAGAAGAUUUUGGAAAUAAUCAGGGUUAUUUUGAAACUGUAUGAGCAGUGGAAGAAUUUUGAUGAGAGAAAAGAGAUGGCAACUAUUCUUAGUAAGAUGCCGAAACCAAAACCUCCUCCAAACAGUGAAGGAGAGCAGGGUCCAAAUGGAAGUCAGAACUCUAGCUACAGCCAAUCUUAAAACAUUCCGAAGAAUUCCGUAGUGGACCAGUUGGAAAUAAACCAUUGGACAGAUUUCAGUUAUGUCUUCAAUGGAACACAAAUGAAAAUGAAUAGCUUGUUUCUGUCAAGCAUAUUGGGAAGUGAUUUUAUUUUUGCAAAAUAAGUUUUACCUUACCUGAUUUGAUUCUAGUACAUAAUUGAUUGGAAUCUCUUGAUUAUAAAAGUUUGGAAAGGUUCUAAGGGGACCUACAGACAGACAUACAUAGACAUUUCAAAAUUAAUAACUUUUGAUUAGUAUAAUUUUUCUUAAUUUGGAUAAUAGAAAUUAUAGCUUUUUAUUAAGCCAGGAAACAUGAAGCAUAAUUUGUCUAAAAUUCUCUUUGGUCAUUGAAGGACCAAAAAAAAGACAUAAAAAGUCAAAUAUUUGAGGGUUUUUUUCCCUCCUUAAGUUAAACUUUAAAACUGUAUUUAAGGAAUCAAAUCUUACAAAAUCCUGGAAGAUUUUGGUAACGAUAUUGAUAAUUUCAGGGAAAUUAAUCAAGUACCUAUUGAUUUAAAAGUGUAUUUUAUUCGUAGUUUUAGUAUCUUGCCAUGGAAGAUACUAGCCCAGCCUAGCAGAAAAGUGCAAUAUGUAUAGCAUACUUUGACAUUUUAAAAGUUAUAUUAAUUCCAUAACCAUUUUGAAAUGCUGGGCAAACUUAAAAAAAAAAAAAAUCCUACAUGACCUUAUUUGCAUUUGAUUCACAGUUAAUCAGGCAUUUUGAAAGUUAAUUGGAUAAAACACCAUGAUAUGGUUGAAAUUUGGUAACAUUUUAAUGUUAAUUUUUACUCUACUGUGAAAAGUUUUUAUAUGACAUACACUCCCUAGUUUAUUUUUGUGUCUUAGUGUGGAUUUACAAAUUUACUACAGGUAUCCUGAGCCAGGAACACAAUCAGGUUUCAGGCCAGUUUGAUACUGGCCAUUCUUAAUUCUCAUGAGUGUAGGACUUGGACAAAUUGUUAUGUCAGUGGGACUGUGCUGUCUGUGGAACUUAAUCAUUUUCUUCAGAUUUGAAGGAGAGUGAUGAAAUUUGAAGUCAUAGGAUAUUGAUGUACAAUUUAAGGAUUAAGUUUUUUUAUAAAUCAAUUGUGAACAAUGGAUUAUUAAAUUAAGUGUGGACUUCCUAGUAUGAAACUUCAAGAAUAAAAGUAAUGUUCUCCAGUUGUA